AUGGAUCAUAAUCAAAGCGAUUAUGAAAGUGACAAAGAUGAAAGCAACCAAAACGGUGAUAAAAUUAUUAAUGAAAAUGUACAAAACAAUUAUGAAAGUGAUCAAAGCAAUCAAAGUGAUCAAGUGAUGUCAUCUUCUAAUAGUUCAAAAAAUCAAAAGUUAUUAA